UCUGAAGAUCUACACACGAGUCCAUGGUCCUCAUUCUCCUCAGGGAAUCAUAGUCCUACUGCCCAACAAAGCAUCUGAUGUACUAAGCUUUGCUUUGGGAACCAUCCUCUUGCUGAGACUUGGUUGAAAGCAACUCUGUUGUCAUACUUCCCAGCAUGGAGGUGAAGAACUUCUCAGUUUGGGAUUAUGUUGUCUUUGCAGCUCUUUUUGUCAUUUCCUCUGGUAUUGGUGUGUUCUUUGCUAUUAAGGAGAGAAAGAAGGCAACAUCUAGGGAGUUCCUGGUAGGGGGAAGGCAAAUGAGUUUUGGCCCAGUGGCCUUGUCUCUGACAGCCAGUUUCAUGUCCGCUGUCACUGUCCUGGGGACCCCUUCUGAGGUCUACCGCUUUGGGGCAUCCUUCGUACUUUUCUUCAUUGCAUAUGCAUUUGUUGUCAUCUUCACAUCCGAGCUCUUUCUCCCUGUGUUCUACAGAUCUGGCAUCACCAGCACUUAUGAGUACUUGCAACUACGAUUCAACAAACCAGUUCGCUUUGCAGCAACAGUCAUCUACAUUGUUCAGACGAUUCUCUACACUGGGGUGGUAGUGUAUGCUCCUGCUCUAGCACUCAAUCAAGUGACUGGGUUUGAUCUCUGGGGCUCUGUGUUUGCAACAGGAAUCGUUUGCACAUUCUACUGUACCCUGGGAGGAUUAAAAGCAGUGGUGUGGACAGAUGCCUUUCAGAUGGUUGUCAUGAUUGUGGGCUUCUUAACAGUUCUCAUUCAAGGAUCAAUUCAUGCUGGUGGAUUCCACAAUGUAUUAGAGCAAGCAAAAAAUGGAUCUCGACUAGACAUAGUUGAUUUUGAUGUAGAUCCUCUCCGAAGGCACACUUUUUGGACAAUCACAGUGGGAGGAACUUUUACUUGGCUCGGAAUCUAUGGGGUUAAUCAAUCAACUAUCCAGCGAUGUAUCUCUUGCAAAACAGAAAAGCAUGCUAAGCUUGCUUUGUACUUUAACUUAUUGGGUCUCUGGAUCAUUUUGCUGUGUGCUGUCUUCUCUGGCUUAAUCAUGUACUCCCAUUUCAAAGACUGUGACCCUUGGACUUCUGGCAUUAUCUCAGCACCAGACCAGCUGAUGCCAUAUUUUGUCAUGGAGAUAUUUGCCACUAUGCCAGGACUUCCAGGCCUUUUUGUGGCCUGUGCCUUUAGUGGAACUCUGAGCACCGUGGCUGCUGGCAUCAAUGCCUUAGCAACAGUGACCUUUGAGGAUAUUGUCAAGAGCUGUUUUCCCCACCUCUCCGACAAGCUGAGCACCUGGAUCAGUAAAGGCUUAUGUCUCUUGUUUGGCAUAUUGUGUACUUCCAUGGCUGUGGCUGCAUCUCUCUUGGGAGGCGUUGUACAGGCUACCCUCAGUAUCCAUGGCAUGUGUGGAGGACCAAUGCUGGGUUUAUUCUCUUUGGGACUCCUGUUCCCUUUUGUGAACUGGAAGGGUGCACUAGGAGGACUCCUUACUGGAAUCACUUUGUCAUUUUGGGUGGCCAUUGGGGCCUUCAUUUAUCCUGCACCAGACUCUAAGACAUGGCCUUUGCCUUUGUCAACAGACCAGUGUGUCCAAUCAAAUAUAACAACCACAGUAGCUCCAGAGCCAAACAGCAGACCUGUACUAGCUGACACCUGGUUCUCGCUCUCCUACCUUUACUUCAGUGCAGUGGGAUGUCUAGGAUGCAUCAUUGCUGGAGUUAUCAUCAGCUUCAUAACAGGUCCCCAAAGAGGCAAGGAUAUUCACCCACCCUUAAUUAGACCAGUUUGUAAUUUGUUUUGCUUUUGGUCUAAGAAAUACAAAACUCUGUGCUGGUGUGGAGUUCAGCAUGACAGUGGACUAGAGCAGGAUUACUUUGAGAAUGGCAGUACCUGGAAACAAGGGGCAGAAUCCGUCAUUCAGUAUGGACUUAGGCAAGAAACCCUGUCCCAUGUUCCAGGCUAUGAUCCUAAGAACAAGAGCUACAACAAUAUGGCAUUAGAGAAGAUUACCCAUUUGUAAGACAAUAUUUGAAA